AGGGCUGCUGUCGCAAAGAUGGAAAACAAGGCCGAUGUUAAGGCCAUGAGGGCUCGCUUCCAAGCAGGUGGAGCAAGCACCGAUGACACUUCUCCUUCCUCGGUUGGACGCAUUAAGUUCCCCCUGCAGUCCACGCUCUCUGGCCCAGCAGCACACAAAAAACCUGCCUUGGAGAACCUAUCAGCCAGUGUCAUAAAUGUAAAGCCACCCUCUCUGAAAAGCACACCAUCCAGUAAAAGUGACUCAGAUGUGCCAGAAGCAAAGAAAAUCAAAGCCAUAGCUAACCGAUUUGCUAAUGCUCAGGAUGACACCAGCACCACCAACAAACCUCUAGUUGUUAAUAAACUGCAGUCAACACUGAAGCCAUCUUUUCCACCACAUGAAGCUAAAGGUCCUGCCCAGAUAUCUCCCCUGAACAAACACUCAGUCAACACCACCCUUUCUGAUCCCAAACCUGUGCAUCCAAAACCUCCUGGCUCACUCAACUCCAAGCCAAAUUGGAUAAAGGAAGACAGUGGUGGGGCUACAGCACCAAACACCACCUCAACGCCACCUAAAAUACCCAGUUUGCAACAAAAGCCAAUCAGUGGCGUUCGAAAAAUGUGGCAGCAUGAAGACCAGGCAGACGCAAAUGCAGACACUGUGAGCAAACCUCCCCCUCAUGUGAGCCCAGCUUUUAAACCCCCUGCAAACUUCAAGACUGCUCAGAAUAUGUUUAACAAGGAGAAGGACACAUCUGAGCAGAAAGAGAGUGCUGGGGUCAACAAACCAGCCUUUACAGUUGCUAACGCUGCUCCAUCCCCACCUAAACCACCCUCCAGUAAAAAGCCUGGCAUUAAAAACCCAGUAAGGCCUUCUCCUAAAGGCAUCAACGACAAAGUUGCUGGAGGUCCAAAGCGUAACCCUCUGCCCAACAGUUUAGCUUUGGGUCCUCCUCCUGUUAAACCUAACAGACCCCCCAAAGUAGACCUGGAGCACUUAAAAAAUGAUGCAGAGUCCUCUGAAAAUGGUCCAGGUCUCAAGAAACCCAUCCUCCAAACGCCUUCCACUCUUCAAUAUAACCAGAGCGACCAUGUGACCCAGACGCAACCCCUUCCACCACCGCUGCCCAAUCUGCCUCCAAGACAUCCUGGAGCCAUGAACCAGGAAGAGAUUUAUGACGAUGUCGAUGGAGAGUCUCCUCCUCCUCUGCCUUCAGACCACCCGAAUCAGAAGCCUGCAAAGGAUGAACAUAAUGACGACGAAGAAGGAGAUAUGUAUGAGGAUCUAGACAACCGAUGGGAAGAAGCUGAGAGGAGCCAAGAAAAGAAGAAAGAUGACAAAGAGGAGAAAAAGCGUUUGGAAGCUGCAAAGAAGGAGCAGAAAGAACGAGAAAAGAAGGAACAAGAUGCCAGGAAGAAGUUCAAAUUGUAUGGAUCACCUCUGUUGGUGAUUCAGAAAGGAAAGGCUCUCACGGACUGCAAAGGCGGCAAAUCUGAUCUGGUCAUGAAGCAGGGAGACCAGCUGGAGAUAAUCCGAGUUCAGGGCAAUCCAGAGGGGAAAUGGUUGGCUCGAUUACAGGAUGGAUCAAUUGGAUAUGUUAAAACAACGUCAGUGGAAAUUGAUUUCAACUCACUGAAGAACCAUUCAGCGCAUUAUGAUCCAGAAGUUUAUGACGACAUUGAUGUCGUCUCAUCGGAUACCAGUGGAAACAAAGGACCAACAGUGGUCCUACCCCCCCUACCAGGAGAAGAAGGAGAAAUCUAUGAUGAUGUGGUCGAUCCAAAUCUGGAAGUCAGAGUUCCUCCACCCAGCCAGUUUACUGCAGAUGGGAAUUCAGAUCACUCAGGUGCAGCAAUUGAUGAAGAGAUAUAUGAUGAUGUUGACCCUCAAAGUGCACCUCCCCCUCCUCCAAUAAGCAGCCUCCCUGUUAUAAAAAUCAAGCGCAAAACUGAGGACAUGGACCAGAAGAAGCAGAAGAAGUUUGAGAAAGAGGAGAAGGAAUUCAGGAAAAAGUUUAAAUAUGACGGAGAGAUCCAUGUGCUGUACCAGGUGAAUAUCAAGACCAAUCUCCUCAAUAAGAAGUACAGCGGUAAAGAGCUGCCGCUUAAAGCUGGAGAGAAGCUUGAUGUCAUUGUUAAAGCUCAGGACGACAAACUAAUCUGUCGGAACGACGACGGCAAAUAUGGCUAUGUUUCCACCAGCAACAUUGUUGAUGAUGGAGACAUCUACGAUGACAUUGGAGGAGAUGAUUGCAUCUACGAUAACGACUGAGAAACACCCUGGACACCCCGACGACACUGAGACUGUUUGU